AUAGGUGGUUUUGGCCGUGGUAGCGUGGACCCACAAAUCAAUAAAGAGUUGUUUUCAAAUGAAAACUCGUCUCUUGAAGAUCCUCCUGGGAAAACAUCACAAUCACAGAACGACGUUUUAGAGGAGGCACGGACUGCUGCAAAAGAGUUGGUGCAAAAAAUAUCAAAGUGGGACACCGUCUGUAGAGGCUUGAAUAGUGAGUUCCCAAAUUCAAAUGCCGUCAAGAGAAUGCAACAAACUGCUGCAGAAGUGAUUGUUACUAUUGGUAAAAGUCCAAGAAUAUCAGGUACUCCGAUUUCGGAAACAAAUCCGAAACUGCAAUUCGAAGUAGUCCACGAGAGCCCUUCUUUCUUGGCUGAAAUAUCUCGACUUGAAAUGGAAUUUUUCACGGUGAAGCGCAACCUUGAGACCAACAGCCAAGACUUGUCCAUGCCAUCAUUUAGCUUAGGGCUUACACCAGAGGAAAAGGAAAAUCAAAAUGAGGAGAUUCAACAUGAAGAGGGGAAUUUGAAUACGUGGAAGAUGGAUUUGAACAAAAAUGAUGUAAAUGGAUUAAGAAUGCUCUGUGUCCGAUAUUGCUACGAAAUGCUCACCUCUGAUCAUAAUCAACUUGUCGUACAAGUGAAACGGAAAGUGGCAGAAUAUGGCAAGUUUAUCAACUAGGAUAUGUGUCACACUUGGACACAUACAGUGACAGUUUGAUUUUUGGCCUAAUGUCUGAUUUGAUUAAGUUUUAGCAAUCUGAUUUUGGGUUAUUAUGGUGUUGAGAAAACAGGAUAUGAUUUGUGUGGAUAUAGGACCAGGUUAACAUUUUGGGUU